AUGGUGGCGAGUGGCUCCAACUUAGCGGAAAGUAGCACCAUGGCGCGCAAGAGACAGGCGACGCAGCGUACGCUUAUGGAUACUCGCCCCAAACCCGUCGACGUGGCGAGUGCGCAACUAGCCAUCGCAACGUUUUUCCACGUCUGUCGUAUCGCACCGAAUGUUGCGGAGCACGAUGCUUUCAAGACGAUGCUGAAAAAGGUUGCUGUUGCUGGUACAGGAUUUACACCUCCAGGACGACGGCUCAUAAUGGGAAGAUUGUUGGAGGAGUGCAAGGCGAACACCGACGCUGCGUUGAAGGAGGUGAAGGAUUCAUGGAAGGAUGUCGGGGACAUUGGCCAACUCGAUUGGGCCAAGGAUACCAUCGACCGCGCACAUCAGCUUAUUACGACGCUGAAGGACGCACACUGGAUUACGGGGGUUCUUCGAAAGGAGAAGGCGCUACAAAUCUUGAAACCUGCGGGCACUUGUUUUGGAACAAACUACAUCGCCCUCGAACGCCUGCAAGCAGUGCGCAAAACUCUCGAUAAGCUGGUGUCGAGUGAGGAUUGGGAGGAGUACGUCAAGGGGAAGCCGAAAAUGAAGGACGCAUGGGAUACUAUUAUCGACAAUGAGUUCUGGACGCGCGUUGGGACGGUGCUCGAUGUGCUUUGUCCGGUCAAGCUGCUGCGGAAUGUUGACCACAAUCAGGCGGUGAUGGGCAAGAUCUAUGACAAAAUGUUUGUUUUGGAGGACGCGGUGAAGGAGGCGUUGGGAGAGGUGAUGGCACCACUCGCAACCAUCGUCAAAAAAGAGGUCUUGACGUACACCAAGGGGAAGGGAGACAUUGGGGAGCAGAAGGCGCGUGAUGAGCAUGAACUCAUCAAAGCUGGGCUUUGGGAUUCGGCGCAUUGGUGGGAAUUCAAUGGCACGGACGUGCCCCACCUCUCCAAGCUCGCAACGAGAGUUCUCAAGCAAUGCGUCUCGGCCUCCCCUUGCGAGACGAACUGGGCCGUUUGGGAGUCAAUCCAUACAGCUCGUCGUAAUAGCCUUGGAGCGAAACGCCUUGCCGACCUUGUGUACGUGAGCCACAACUAUCACACAGUGAAGAAGUUGAAUGAGGAUCUUGCUAAGAAGUUGGUGGUGAGUGGGCUUCCUGUGGUGCAAGCUAAGGAGGAACCAACUGACAACUACAGGCAUCUCGAUGACGAUGACAUCCCUGAUGAGGCAUAUCUUGAUGGCCAGGAAGCAGAAGAGCCGAUGGAGUGA